AUGCCAAGAUGCGAAAAGGUUUUAGCUGGCCGGGGAAUCGCCUUCGGGCAACGGUUUUUUGGUAAGUAAAUUAUUUGAAAAAAUGUAAUCUUGAGCUUCUUUGUUCCGUUAAUUUAAUUUCGUUAUAUUUCACGGCAUGCUGAAAAAAACUCGGACGGUUCGGUUAGUUCGGUCGGACUUUCCAGGCAAGAAAGGUAACUAUAUUUAUUUUUUUUUAUGCGAUUCCUGCUUUUCGAAAUUCCUCGUUGAGCGUUCUUCAAUAAAACUAUAUUCUUUUCAGUGCGGAAGAAGCUUAUCUGAGAGAAGCACAAGAACAAGGUGCUGGCGAUGUCAACGAAACAACUAUUGAUGAAGAACCUUCAAAUAUUGAUGUGGUUGGAUGAAAUAUUUAUUGAUGUGUUCUUUAAGGUGUUUUAACUGUCAUAUAGGCUAUUCCGCGACAGCUUGUCACGUUUUUCUUUUCGCCAAAAAGACCGUAUAUAUCAAAUUUCUGCUUUUAUAACGGCAAGAAACAACGGUCUUGAAGCGAAGUUGGUAAAAUUUGACCUGGCCUUUUGGCGGAAAGAAAAACGUGACGAGCUGGCGCGGAUUGGCCUAUAGACAUUUGUGUCUAUUUUUCAAAUCUUAACACGCUGUCUCUGUAAUUCUCAAAAAGAGUAGGUACAAUAGAAAAAAUAUUUUUUGAUUUUGAGGAAACUUCACCCGCUGUGAUAGUCUGUCAUCAGAAAUGCCGACGCAAGUUUUCAGACCGAUUCCUCCUACCGUAGCUAGGUUACGGUAGGCAGGUGCGUCUUUUCGUAUUUAGGAAACUAUGCGUUCUUUCUAGGAAUACCUACCGGUCAUCUCGGAAAAUCGCUUCGAAGAGGCUCAACUUGGCAUUGUCGGGGAAAAUCGCCCGCGGUUAGAGAUUUCUACCUCUCUUUUCUCGUCAGAUCCGGUGCUAAAGUUUGUUUCAUUUGAUAGUGCAAGGUUGUACUUCACAGAUGAUAGUGUUUCCUCCGACUUUCAGCCUACCCUUCUAACAAAAAAUUCAGUUUGAAGCCGAUUUUGGCCUAAAAACAACGAUUCUCAGAUUUCAACGAUUUUUCCUGAGCUCAGUCCUACGGAGAAGUCGGAGGAAACACUAUCAUCUGUGAAGUACAACCUUGCACUAUCAAAUGAAACAAACUUUAGCACCGGAUCUGAAGAGAAAAGAGAGGUAGAAAUCUCUAACCGCGGGCGAUUUUCCCCGACAGAUGCCAAGUUGAGCCUCUUCGAAGCGAUUUUCCGAGAUGACCGGUAGGUAUUCCUAGAAAGAACGCAUAAUUUCCUAAAUACGAAAAGACGCACCUGCCUACCGUAACCUAGCUACGGUAGGAGGAAUCGGUCUGAAAACUUGCGUCGGCAUUUCGGAUGACAGACUAUCACAGCGGGUGAAGUUUCAUCAAAAUCAAAAAAAUUUUUUAUUGUACCCACUAGAGUUCUCAAAAGUAAAUGUUUGAACGAACGUUCAACCAAACAAUUUCCGAACGUUUGAUGAAUUCGACCAAUUAAUUAAAUUUCACAUGAACCGUUUGUUAAAAACUUCAUUUUGGUUAAAUUUCAUAACUGAGCAUUUUAAAAAAAUGAACAAUUACUUAUUUUUUUCGAAAAAAAUUUUUGGUCAAAAAUGAACAUUUAAAUUUCACUCUUUGAAAAUUUUUGGUUAAAAAGAGUAAACAUUUAAAAUUCGUUUCGAAAAAUUUUGGUCAAAAAGUGACCAUUUACUUUUUCACUUUGAAAAAUUUUUGGUCAUUAAGGCGAACAUUUAUUUACUAGUCAGAAUAUGAUUGUUUAGAAAACGACCAUUUAUUCUUCAGUCAUUAUUUGAAAAGUCACAAAAUGAAAAGAAUGAAAGUGAUCAAUUUUGGUUGAUCUUUCAAAAACGACAUUCGUUUGAAAUGUCAAAAAGAAAAUUUUUUUCGUUUUUGAAAAAUGUCAUUUUUUUCAAUUGGUCAUUUUGAGAACUCUAGUACCCACUCUUUUUGAAAACUUUUGAAAAUUGAAGAGACAGCGUGUUAACUUGUUAUUUGUUUUCUUUUGUUUCUUCUGUUUUUAUAUUCCUGUUGUUGUUGAAGUUUGCUGCUUCUAUCAAUUCAUUUCCAAACGUUGAUCGAAUAAAAUGAUAUCAGCAUGUCUACAAUCUUAAAAGAAUACUAGAAUAACGUGAACAUGGGCUAUAAAAAGGGUGGAGAAAGGCUAUGAAGAGAAAAUCGUGGAAAUGGUGCGUAACGGGUGCAUAAAGGCAGAAAAAUGGUGCAGAAAGGCAGCAAAAAGGGAGCCUUCGUCACCCUGAAAGGAACAUUUCUAUGGAGUCUUCCAGCACCCUUUGAGGACCCUCGGAGGGUCCUCAAAGGGCCCUUCGGACUUCGCCUAUGUUGGCUAUCUGAAGCUUCGCCGAGCUUUGAGGCAACCUGGAAGGAGAAGUGACGGAUUUGUUUUCACAAAUUUUAAGAAAAACUUUUUUUCGACACCAUUUGGUCAAUUCCAUACAGGACCGUUGAUCGUGUCGGCGACGAAAACGGUUGUUUGCCGGACCAACUCACGAGGCCUCCGAACAUUCAGCGAACUCGUUCAAACCUCUUCUUGUAG